CUCAAAGAUGGAGGUUACAAUAUUUUGAUGAGGAAGAGUAUUUGUCACAACAAUGUUGAUUAAAUUAUUUGUCAUCAUAGUUGGCGUGUCCCAGGUGCUUGGGGAGUAUGGUGUUUUAAAAGUUCAGGCAACAAGUGGAGCAUCAUCAAAUUUUUGCUUUGCCUACAAUAAAGACUUCAAGACAAUACCUUCAGCAAUCAAUGACACUGAAAAAUAUCAACUUGUACAUCUUAGAUCAUAUGGGUGCAACGAUUCUGAUUGGACAAUUGAUGUGAAGGGCAAGGUCGUGACAAUGGCUCGAGGACCUUGCAAGUUUGUGGAGAAGGCAACCUUAGCUCAGAACCACCAGGCCGCUGGUAUAUUGAGCGUGUCAAACAGAAGUGAUACACAGCUGGUUACGCCAGGUGGAAAUGAAUCUGCAGGUGAUUACCAGAACAUCAACAUCGUUGUAGGCUUCAUCAUGUGGAAGGACAACCACAGUCUUGACCACCUUGCAGACGGAGGCUCCCUGUCUGUGUGGAUGUACACUCCUGCUGACCCGAAGAUUGACCCGAAUAUGGUGCUUAUCUACGCCAUUGCCUUGACCUGCAUCAUUAUAGGGGCCUACUGGUCCGGGACCACCAGAUAUGCGCUUGCGGAGCGGAAGUCGCACCGACGGAAGGGGUCAGUGGACUCGUCACGACCGGAGGACAAACAGGAUGAGGAACAGCCAGAAACUCUCAGCAUCAGUGUCUGUGUUGUCGUCGUCCUCUUCGUCGUCAUCUGCACCAUGAUCGUGCUUCUGUACUUCUUCUAUGACUACCUGGUGUAUGGAGUUAUCGGGUUGUUCUGCCUGGCGGGUGCUGUGGGCUUGUACAGUUGCCUCCAGCCCCUGUGGGAGAGAGUGAUCAGGUCGGACUGCAGAAUUCCGCCCAACAGAGUUCCAGUCUGUUCUGAACAGCCAGAGAUCAGGAACAUUGUCCUCGGGCUGCUGUGUCUGGGCGUCAGCAUCUUCUGGGCUGUGGAGAGAAAAGCAAGCUAUGCAUGGAUUAUACAGGACAUUCUCGGAAUGGCUUUCUCGGUGAACAUGUUGAAAACUAUACGCCUACCAAACUUCAUGGCAUGCACAGUGUUACUUGUCCUGCUGUUCUUCUACGACAUUUUCUUUGUCUUCAUCACACCAUACUUCACCAAGAAUGGAAGUAGCAUCAUGGUGGACGUCGCCACCGGUGGGAAGAGUCACAGUGGGGAGCAGCUUCCCAUGGUGUUCAAAGUGCCAAGAUUCCUGACCCCGCCUGAUGCUGUUUGCUACUCAAGCCCCUACUCCCUACUGGGGUUUGGAGAUGUCAUUGUACCAGGUCUGUUGAUAUCGUUCAACCAUGGCUUUGACUUGAUCGUCAAGAGUAGGAGAAUAUAUUUCAUUGCUUCCACAAUAGCCUAUGCGGUAGGCUUGAUACUGACAUAUGUCGCGCUAGCCUUGAUGAAGACUGGCCAACCAGCAUUGCUGUACCUUGUGCCUUGCACCUUACUAACAACGGCUGUGAUUGGCUGCAAGCGGGGAGAACUGCGCUUCUUGUGGACAGGCAAGGAGUGUCCAAAAAAGAAUGACGAUGUUCGUCCACCUGGUCAGUGUGUGCGGUCAUCCCCGGAGGGGGAGUCUGACACGUCCAGCCUAUCAAGCGACGGCGAGAGGCGGGGCCUCAUCAAUGCCUAGACUCCAUGCUGUCAGACAGACUCUGACAAUCACAGGCUCCUGUCUGUCCUGAUAUUAACUGAAUGUUUGUUGUGUAAUUGAGUCGACGCAGGUUUGGAACAGGUACUCGAUACAACAUAGUGCCAUCAGGGCAAUUUUAUAUAUCAUGAAAGAUUCAUUGAAAUAUAUAUUCAGUGUAUGAAAUAAGACCCGUCCGACCGCCCGAGAUGGGCUAAAUUUUUCUGACGGACGGUCUAGAUUUACAGCAAGCCAGCACGAUGGUCUGGUAAAAUUUUUAGAUGUUCCAUAGGUCUGAGUAAAUUCACCAUAUCUUGCUUGGUGUCUGGUCUGGUUAAAUCCAUUUUGGGUAACAUUUUCAAGUUACCAGCCCUCAUGUCUGGCAGGGUUUUUGGCUUAUUUCAUACACGGAUAUUUUGCAUCAUACUGAUACACGUUUUUCAAUAGAGGUGUAGAUAUUGAUAAAAAAUGGCAUUAACAAAUUUAGUUCCAUGUACAAGACUGAAUUCCAUGGAAUUGCAGAUUCCUUCAGUGACAAAUAUGUUGAUAUAACAAAGUAUUUUCAAAAUUAAAAUUACUUUAAAUCCAUAAUAUUUAGAAAAAAUACUGUAAUAAUGUAUCAAUCUCACAAUGCUAAGUUCUCUAAUCUUUCUGCAAACAAACAGAAUUCCAAUACCUGUCAGAAUUCCGUGGAAUGCAGAAUCCUUCUGUGAUAAAUAUGACCCUGCUGGUAAGGGAAGUGAACUGUUUCUAAUUUAGUUGGCAAACAAUUUUAAUGUUUUAUUUGGAAUUUGUGUUUGUUCAAAUCAUGAAAAACAAUCUUUGUUGCCAUGAGAUGAGGAUGUUCAGCUACUGUCAUAAAUGUGAUGUUAUUCAAACUUGUGUUCACUCAUGUCAUCAUUUACAGGGAUACAAACUUGAGACAAAUUAGAAGGAACACCACAUUUCGUAUUAAGCACACCUUAUGCUACAGAGUGUUGACGGGGUAGCUUAGUGGUUAUAAUGGAAGCUACGGAAGCAAAA